UCCUUCUAGGGGUUGAAUGGGUCCCAACAAGAUUUCGAAUUUCUGUUGAAAUGACUAGCAAUUACAUUUUCACUGCUGGUCAAAUGAUGCUGGCUGGUAUAGCUUACGGAAUCCAACACUGGCGCUGGAUUCAGUUCACACUUUCAGUCCCAUUUUUCGUCUUCUUCCUUUAUUCCUGGUGGUUCCCCGAGUCCGCUCGCUGGCUAAUUCUGAACGACAAGGCUGAUGUAGCUCUGAAACAGCUCAGGAGGGUGGCCAAAAUGAAUGGCAAGGAGGAUGAAGCGAAAAAGCUCACCGUCGAAAUUCUCAAAUCGAGUAUGAAAGACGAGCAGCUAACUGCUAAGAACAAGCACAGUGUGCUAGAUCUAUUUCGGACUCCUGUCAUACGCAAGAUAGCUUGUUGUACCAUGCUUGUUUGGUUUGCAACGGGUUUUGCAUAUUAUGGGUUGGCAAUAGACCUGCAAGGAUUCGGAGUUGACAUUUACCUCAUCCAGUUCAUUUUUGGAGCCGUCGACGUUCCAGCAAAGGCUAUUUGUUUCCUUUCCAUGAGUCUGAUUGGAAGGCGGUUCACACAGAGCACCUCCCUUAUAAUUGCGGGAUGCAUCAUUUUGGCAAACAUCUUCAUCCCAAAAGAGUUAAAGACCUUACGCACAUCAUUUGCUGCUAUUGGGAAAGGGUGUCUCGCUGCAGCUUUCAGCUGUUGCUAUCUCUAUUCAGGUGAACUCUACCCAACAAUGAUCAGGCAGACGGGGAUGGGGCUGGUGAGCACGAUGGCUCGCGUGGGGGCCAUGAUAGCUCCUAUUGUAAGGAUGAGCGGUGACUAUGUCUCGUUCCUGCCAUCGACCAUUUACGCUGGGGUGGCUAUAAUCGCUGGCUUUGCUGUCUUUCUCCUUCCCGAAACACGGAACACUCCUUUGCCGGAAACCAUCGAAGGAGUUGAAAACAGAGCAAUAAAAACUGCUGGAAAAGGCAAGGACCUGGAGAGGAGCGAUAUCCCACUCCAGGAAGCCCACCUAUCAUUGAUGAAACAGACUGUGUGACCAGGUGCAGCUCACUCCCAGCUAUCAGCCCUCUGAGCAAAGAAAUGAUAACAGACGUUUUGUAAUCUAUGUCCACUUUUUCACAACAAGCAUUUAAUAAAGCCUUCUCAACCUUCAACAUUUCCAAAUUGUACUUUAAGCACUAGAUAACUGAAGCGAUAAGAUAAAUCUAAACAAACGAAUUACAAGCAAAUGACAGCCUCAGUCCAAAUUCCAGUCUGUUUCUUAACAGAUAUCCUUGUGUCCUCCUGGCUUAAUUGUUAAAAAAUAAUUUUGAAUUGAACAACACUGAACUGGGAUCAAUCCUUUUGAUUUCGAUGUGAUUUAUUAUUGUCACAUGUACCUCGGUAGAGUAAAAAGUUUUGUUUUACGUGCAGUACAGGCAGGUCAUACCAUACACAGUGCAUUAGGGUAAUAGAACAGAGUGAGGAAUACAAUGUUACGGCUGCAGGGAAGGUGCAUAGAGAGUGAGAUCAACAUUAAGUUUAAAAUUUGAGAGGACCAUUCAGAAACAGGGAAGAAACUAUUUUUGAAUCUGUUGGUCCAUGUGUUUAAGUUUUGUAUCUUCUGCCCGAUGGAAGAGGUUGGAAGAGAUUAUUACCGGGGUGGGAGGGGUAUGUGAUGAUGUUGGCCUGUCUUCCUGAGGCAGGGGGAAGUGUAGAUGGAGUCAAUGGAUGGGAGGUUGGCUUGUGUGAUGGACCGAGCUGCCUUUCCAAUCCCAGGACUGUGCAGUACUGUCUUACUGGAGGUGGCGCACUUGGUCUUGGUUCUUGUCCUGCGACAGUGAAGGCAUAUAACCAUCAUGAACAACAUCCUCAACCAGAGGUAAAUCUUUGCCAAUGUUCCUAGAUUGUCCAUUGUAUGUCUCAAUGCAACACUAUUAAACUGUUAUAAACCAA